AUGUGCGCGUGUACAGUGUUUGUAUUGUUAGAGCUGGUGGUGAAGGCAUUCGGUGUAGCCUCCCUCAUCUCGCUUGCGUCGUGUCAGUUACCCACGAAUCUCGAGCGCGCACAAAUACUUGAGGCUCACCUGCGGAUUCGAGAGGAUGUGUGGCCUCCCGCCAGCAAUAUGAUGCUGAUGGAGUACUCUAUGGAGCUGGAGCAUCUUGCGGAUUACUGGGCCAGUCGAUGCGAAUUCGAGCAUCCGGAUUCGAGAAUCUUUCCGCACUACCAUGAUUUGGGACAAAAUCUCGCCAUUUUUGGCAGCUUGACGCCAACUUUCACAGAAGCUGUUUGUGGCUACAAUAAGGAGCGGAAAUACUACCAUUAUCACAAUCACUCCUGCACCGGUCGUUGUGGCCACUAUACUCAGAUGGUUUGGGCGACCUCAAAUCAGUUGGGCUGUGCCAUGCGGCGAUGUGAUGGUCUGCGAUCCGACUGGGGAAAUCCACAAUACCUCAGUGUCUGUCAAUACAAGCCUGACGGCAACAUACGCGGACGGAAGCCCUAUGAGUUUGGUCGCAGUUGCGGCAAAUGUCCAGAGGGUUACUUUUGCCUCCGUAACCAGUGUGCCAAGGAAUUCCGAUUAAAGAAGGCAUACCCGUUGAUGCGCUUUAAGAAAUCCAGCGUCAGAGAUGUCCCGAAAUGCAAAGUCUACAGGUAG